ACCAGAUUGCUCAGUUCAUAGUGACCCGACCUUGUAGCCUGGCUGAUGAGGACGAAGCCUUCAUCCCGGGAGAGAGGGACACUUUGCGGAAGUCCAUGACCCUGAUGAGACAUCUGCUCGUGGAUGCUCAGGGGAAAAUCCUUAAAAUGAUGGAAGACAACAAACAGCUGGCACAUAGGAUUGAUGGGGCCAUCCAGUCUGCCAGUCAAGAAGUGACCAACCUCCGCUCCGAGCUCUCUGCCACCAGCCGCAGACUGGCAGAGCUGGGUGCCAGCAGCCCCCCUGCCUUGGAGAACCACCACCAGCACAACCACCAUGAUGACAGCCUCCACUACCGGGAUCCAUCGGUGCAUCACAGACAGAAGACAGUGGUGACAGACAUGUGCUACCCGACAGAGAUAUCCAGCCUGAUGGACUUUGGCACUCCUGACUGCUCGCUAGGCAAAGUGUUGUUGCGUGAGGAGGUGGCUCAGCUUCAAGAGGAGGUCCACCUGCUCAGGCAAAUGAAGGACAUGUUGACUAAGGACCUGGAGGAGACCCAGGGAGGCUGCUCUGCCAAUCUGCUCUCGGCCACUGAGCUCCGUGUGCAGUUGGGUGACAAGGAGCAGGAGCUGGACCGUGCCAAGGAGGCCUUACAAGCUAUGAAAGCAGACCGUAAGCGUCUAAAGGUGGAGAAGGCAGACUUGGUGAGUCAGAUGCAGCAGCUGUACACGACACUGGACAGCAGAGAAGAUCAGCUCAGAGAAUUCAUACGCAACUACGACCAGCACCGAAAGGAGAGCGAGGAUGCAGUGAAAGCCCUGGCAAAGGAGAAGGACAUGUUGGAGAGGGAGAAGUGGGACUUGAGGAGGCAGACCAAAGAAGCCACAGAACAGGCCAACAUCCUGCGAUCUCAGAUGGACAUGAAGGAGAACAGGGUCAAAGAACUGGAGGCGGAGCUCACCAUGGCAAAGCAGUCCCUGGCCACCUUGACAAAAGACGUACCCAAGCGCCACUCUUUGGCCAUGCCUACAGAGCCUGUGGUGAACGGCAGUCAGGAGUGGGUGAUGCAGGCUGACCUGCCGCUCACUGCUGCCAUCCGUCAGAGCCAACAGACGCUGUACCACGGACACACCACGGACAGACAGGCUGUGGUCAGGAUCAGUCCCUGCCACUCUCGCCAGCCCUCUGUCAUCUCUGACGCCUCUGCGGCCGAUGGAGACCGCUCCUCCACGCCCAGCGAUAUCAACUCACCUCGUCACCGGACCCACUCCCUCUGCAAUUCCAUGGAGGACCUGGAGGACCAGAAGCGUAAGAAGAAGAAGGAGAAGAUGACUCUGGGAUCCCUGUCACGGGUGUUCGCUCGGGGCAAACAGCGCAAGUCACUGGACCCAGGCCUGUUUGAUGACUCUGACAGCCUCACACAGCAGAGCCUGUCUGAUGGAGAAGAUCAGCUGGACCGCCUCCAGCAAGCAGAGCUCACAAGAAACACAUGCAUGUCGCUGUGGAGGGCAGGUGCAGUCCAGGCCUGGCUGGAGGUUGUCAUGGGAAUGCCCAUGUACAGCCAAGCCUGCUCUGAAAACGUCAAAAGUGGCAAGGUGCUACUCGGCCUGACAGAUGAGGAUUUAGAGCUGGGUCUGGGUAUCAGGAAUCCCAUUCAUCGCAGAAAACUAAGACUGGCCAUUGAGGAUUACAGGAGAGCUGAAGGGGACCAAGGACUAUCAAAAGCGUCCGAGAUGGACCACCACUGGGUUGCAACAUCAUGGCUGAGUGAUGUGGGAUUGCCUCAAUACUCCCAGACAUUCCAGACUAAUUUGGUGGACGGACGAGUGCUAAACUCUCUGAGCCGCCGAGACCUGGAGAGGUUCCUCAACAUCAGCGAUCAGUACCACCAGACCAGUCUGCUCCUGGCAAUCCAGCUCCUACAGAUUGUCAGUUUUGAUAAAGAGGCUCUGCAAGCACGGCGGGCAAAAUGUGAGCACCAAGACCGGGACCCCAUUGUUUGGACAUGUCACCGAGUAAUGAAGUGGAUCAGAGACAUAGACCUCAAGGAAUUUGCAGACAAUCUUCAGGGUAAAGGGAUCCAUGGAGCUGUGAUAGCUCUGGAUCCGUCCUUUGACACAGAGGCCAUGGCCAAAGCCCUGGGGAUCCCCAGCAACAAACACAUGCUGCAUCGGCACCUGUAUGAAGAGAUGAAAUCACUCGCUGUCCCUCACAGCAGUGCAGAGCAGGGCGGUGAGGUUAUCAGCUCCUCUUCACCUGUGGCUGUUAACCGCUUUGCUGAAGAGAGGGGGUCAAUGAGAAGAUCAGCCAAGAGUCCACUGAGGUUACGUGCAAACAGCCACUCUGUGGAGAGAGGCCUGGGCUUCCACGGCAGCUGCGGCUCUCUGCCCAGAGAGGCCAGAGUUCAGGCCAUUCCUCGUGCCAAAGGCAGCCCGAUGCACACCUACAAGAGUGUUGAAAUCACCAACGUCUGAACGAGCCUCGCCAUCGACAUCACUCGCGUUGUUACUAUUGUUUACAUUGUUAUUGUAUUACGGCUGUUUACUACUGAGAGCGACCUACACUCAGCAUCGCUGGACUUUUAAGAGGAAGUUGUUUUAAAGGGUUGUUUCAUUUAAUUGAAAAAGUCAAACUGGUAAAUACAAGAACAACAGAGGGUCAAUUCUGUUUCUCGGAAAGCAGUUUUAUAUUAGAAGCUUAUGGAAGGCUUAAGAAUAACCUACACGUGAUAAAAGAUCAGUGUUGUUCUCCAUUGAUGCCUUACAGGAAACAGGUCUCACAGCACUGUUGCUUAUUUCCCUUUCACCAGUUUCUAACAAGUCAGUUAAAUGUACUUUUUAUUGUUGCUCAUGUAAGUAAAUGAUUAUUUCCACUUGAGAUGAAGGAAAAUGUCACAAUAACUUUCACUGUGUAGACACAUAUCAGCUGUUAAUCCUCUGAAUUGUGACAUGUCAGCAGCUGAGUGAGUGAGAUUUUGUUCGUGGCUCAAAUCAGGUCUUCCGCCUCUUCUGAUCUUCCACUGGCCGACGCAAAUUAUUAUUAAUACCAUUAAUGUGAUACACAGCAGGCCUUAUCUUAAGACAGCAUUAAAAUAUAUGGAAUUUGGGAUAAAUUUUGAGCUAAACUUGUCAUCAAAAUAGCCAAGAGAUACAACUUUUAUGACACUGCUUAUUCUAGCACACGAGACAAUCUUUAACAUUAAUUCUGUACUUUGGGAAACUGAUAAAAUCUUCUCCUUCAUGUUACAUCAUAUAAUCUUAAGUAUCUGUUGUUUUUCAUGUGACAUUGUUGCUAAAAAAUCACCCUGUGUAAGUGAUAUGUAGAUAAAGCAUACAAGUGAAUAUUGGGUUUUGAAAGUGAUAAUGUGAUGUGCAAAUUUAGGCAUAUGGCCACCACAUGUUUAUACUGUAUAAGCACUGAAAAAGGCAAAGUUGUUGCUUCUAUUAUGAACUUCAUAGAGAGAAUGUAAUGAUAUAUUUUGUACAGUUGUAAACAUGUUUUAUAACACAGUUGUGUACAGUUUGCUGUUCCUGAGCAUGAAAACACACAUUUGAAGUGUCACACUGUGUGCAGCUGAAAGCCUGAGGUUAAUUCAAAUAGUAGAAAACAGGUUUUUCUGCCACUUUCAGGGCGUCUCCUCCAGUUGCCAAAAGCAAAGUUGUUUAAGCUGGAAGACUGGACCAGUUCAACCCUGCAGUGUACCAGAAGGGAAGGUGUUUGUGUUAAUAUGUUUACCCUCUGUCUUCACGCAGCUGUCGUGUAUGCCAACUUUAAAGGUGAAAUUUUUGUCAACUAUCAAUAAAGGAGAGGAGGGAUGUUCAGUUGGUUGCAACCUGCAACUAUACCACUAGAUGGCACAAAAUCCUACACACUAUAUCUUUGAGUUUUUAUCCUAUGGAGAUUCUGCACAGAUAUAGAGUAUACUGUGCAGCUAUUGUGAUGUGCAGCUUUACGGUGUUU